AUGUCUGGGCUGCCUGAGAUAGAACCUUCAGCGUCGUCGAUGGCCUUAGCGGCUUCAACGUCGUCCUCCAUAAAUCCUACCUCUGGAGCUCCCUCCAAAAGAAAAAGAGUCACCAGAGCCUGUGACUGCUGCCGCCACAAGAAAGUGAAAUGUGACGGGAAACAGCCGUGUAUUCAUUGUACGGUGUACUCAUACAAGUGCACGUACGACCUGCCGAAUGUGAGGAAUAAGAAGGCACCGCCGCCAAUGCCGCCGGAUCCACAGCUGAACCCGUUUUUGCAGUCAUUGCUGAUGAGCAGGAGCGGUACUGGGAAUGGCACCGGGUCCACUUCGGCGCCGAACUCGGUCCCGAACCUCCAACUUUGCCAGUCCCUCUUGCAACUCUUGUUCCCCAGACUCAAUAUCAACUUGAUGGAUGACCUGCGCCUGCCGUUUGACUUGCCCAAACUACAGAGAAUUGUGGGCUAUCUACAACAAAAAAAUCCCGCCAACAUUAAUAUCAGGGAAAUCUCUGAUUUAUACUUGGACGCGAACACUCCAACGGCCUCGCCUAUAAACCAGAUCGACCCUUAUGUCAGCACGGCAGCUCUGAAUGAGGAUUCUUUGGGCGCAGAGAUUAAGAUUAUCUUGCCUCCGAAGGAAGUGGCUCUUCAACUUAUCUUCACCACUUGGUCAAAGGCGUGUGUAUUGUUCCGCUUUUACCACAGACCGUCGUUGCUAGAAGAAGUUGACUUGCUAUAUUCCAUGGACCCACUAUAUUAUACAGACAGGCAACAAAAGUUUUUGCCUUUCAUGUACUCGAUUUUGGCCUGUGGCUCGUUGUUCUCCAGACUGCUGUAUAAGACUUCCGUGUCGGACGACUCUCUCGAGGAUGAUGGAUUUCGUUACUUUCUUGAGGCUCGGAAACUCAUCGAUAUAACGAAUGUCGGUGAUAUCCCCUCUAUUCAAACAAUUGUCAUGAUGAUCAUAUAUUUGCAAUGUUCUGCCCGUUUGUCCACCUGCUACUCCUACAUUGGUAUUGCGUUGCGAAGUGCCUUGAAAGAAGGUCUUCACAGAAACUUGUCCAUCUUCCAGUCAAGCAAGAGAAAACUAGAUCCUAUUGAAGUCGAUACACGGAAACGCCUUUUUUACACUAUUUACAAGAUGGACAUAUACAUCAAUUCCCUUCUUGGGCUCUCUCAAUCAAUCAGUGAGGAUGAGUAUGACCAGGAGUUUCCCGUUGAGCUUGAUGACGAAUUUAUCACCCGUGAAACUUAUCUUUUUGACAAGCAACAAGGCAAGCUCUCAUCCUCAGGGUGUGCAAAUCACCAUACGAAGCUCACCAUCAUUCUUUCGCAUAUUGUCAAGGAACUAUAUCCAAUUAAGAUAAAAACAAAGCUGGCGGAGCGCAUAGUUUCCGAUAAAAUGCAUGAUAAAGUGACGGAGCUCGAGUUUGAGUUGAAACAGUGGCUAGACAACUUGCCGCCUGAACUCAAGCCCACGGAUCCUAAUGACCCCGAGAGCAGUAAAAAGAUUCCCGAGCGUUUCCUCCUUGCGAACUACUAUCUUCACUUGUCAUUCCUCAAUUGCCAGAACAACUUGUACAGGCCGUUUAUCCAUUAUAUCAGUAAUGGCUACCAAGCCUCCAACUCUGAUCCUAGGUCGCUUAUCAGAGGCCGUAAUUGUAUAAAGGUGGCAAGAAUGGUUGUGAAGCUAGCUAACAAAAUGAUUAAUCAAAACCUUUUGGUGGGGACGUAUUGGUUCUCCAUGUACACAAUAUUUUUCUCGAUUGCUUGUUUGAUUUACUAUUUCCAUUUCGCCAAUUACAACAAUCAACAUAAAAAUAACAGAGGGGUGAACUACGCUGGCGUUCUUUUUGACGAUGACUUGAACAUAGAGAUGAUCAAAGAGGAUAUUGAAAUCGGAAGAAAGGUCUUGGACACUUUGAAGAAUAUGUCAAACGCAUCUCUCAGAAUCUAUAAUAUUUUGAACAAUUUGUUUGAGCAACUCAACAGGAGAACCGCUGACACUUCCAUGAAAACUAACUUCAGGAACAGCGCAUCCAUUGAGGCCAAUGAUGAAAGUGUACAGCUCACGCUCCGCAACUUCGAUGAUAUUAAUGACUUCCGCGAGGGCAGGACUCUGACAGUUCCUAUAUCUCCAGGGUUUGGCUUGAUUGGUCUGGAGAAGGAACCAUUGUCAAAUCAAUACACAGAAGUGUUCGACGGAGGUGCACAUCCCCUGAAUGAUUCCAGUGCUCCAAUGCAGAGUGACAAUAUCGAAGGUUCCUUGGAACACCAUGAACUCAAGACCGGUAAUAAUGAGGGUAGUCAUACUGGUUCUGUGAGCACAGAAGGGUACCAAAAUAACUAUGUGCCUGGCGUCAUGGACUCUCUCGAUACACAGAUCUUCGGCAGAAUUCUUCCGCCAUAUAUGCUUGAAAAUAAUAAGAAGCAGGCAGAAUCUCAAAGUACAAACGAACCGUCAGCAAAUUUUGACCCUCGAGCUAAACCAGAGGAGAUGAUUCAUAACUUGGGCUUAGAGGAAUUUGAAAACGUACCAUUUGGCAACUUUGAUGCACUUGAUCCUUACAAUCUUGACUACUAA